UGACAAGAGAAGCUGCUUCCCCAGAAGGAUCUUCAUUUACUAUCUCUGAUUGUAAAAUAAAAGAAGAAAAGUACGAAGUUCCUAAUGAUACUGAGAACACAUUUAUCAAAGUAAAAACUGAACAAAGAUGUGAUACAACAAAUGAUGACAUUAUUUCCAAGUUUAAUGAGAGUGAUGAUGAAACUGUUGAUUGUUCACAACAUGAUGUUAUGAGUUUGAAAAGUGAACCAAAAGAGGAGUUUCAAGAAAUUAACUCUGAGUUAGAAGGUUUAUCAGAUCCAAAUACACAUUUGAACAACUAUUCUGGAAAACAGUUUCACGGAUACGAUAUUAUAACACAAAAAUCUCUCUUUUCAAAGUCAAAAAAGUACAAUUCCCUGAAUCCAAGUGUGUAUGAAAGAAUGUUGUUGAGAGUAAAUAAUCAAAAAAGUGAUGUUGUGUGUGAUAAAGAAUUGGAAAAAAAUCGUCAUCUAAAAUUAGAUAUGAAGAUAUGCACUGGGAGAAAACCGUUCAGUUGUGUAGUGUGUGGUAAACAAUUUGUAACACAAAAUACUUUAAAAAUUCAUCUGAGGAUACAUACUGGGGAAAAACCAUACAGUUGCAUAGUGUGCAACAAAGGAUUUCGAAGUAGCAGUCAGUGUAAAAGCCAUGAGAGGAUACAUACUGGAGAGAAACCGUACACAUGUCUAGUGUGUGAUAAAAAAAUAAGGAGUAAAAGUCAACUUAACGAACAUGAGAAGGUGCACACUGGAGAAAAACCACACAACUGUGAAGUGUGUGGUAAACAAUUUUUAACAAAUAGUAAUUUAAAAAUACAUCUGAGGAUACACACUGGGGAAAAGCCUUACAGUUGUGUAGUGUGUAAUAAAAAAUUUAGAAGUAGUAGUCAAUUUAAAAGUCAUAAGCGGACACAUACUGGAGAAAAACCAUACACUUGUGAAGUUUGUGAUAAAAAAUUUGGAACUAAAAGUCAUCUUAAUACACAUAAAAGGGUACACACUGGUGAGAAACCGUACAGCUGUGUAGUGUGUGGAAAAACAUUUUAUACAAAUAGCUGCCUACAAGCACAUGUACGACUGCACACUGGAGAGAAACCAUACAGUUGUUUAGUGUGUAAUAAAGGAUUUCAAAACAAUUGUCAUUUAAAAGAACAUGAGAGAAUACAUACUGGGGAGAAACCUUACAGUUGUUUAUUUUGUGAUAAGAAAUUUGGGUAUAAAAGUCAUCUUAACAGACAUGAAAAGGUACAUACUGGAGAUAAACCAUACAAUUGUUUAGUGUGUGGUGAAAAAUUUGUUACAAAUACUUGGCUACAAGAACAUAUGAGGAUACAUUCUGGACUAAAACCAUACAGAUGUUUAGUGUGUGGUAAAGAAUAUGGAAAGAGAAGUCACCUUAAAACUCAUCAGAGGACACAUACUGGCGAGAAACCAUAUAGUUGUUUAGAGUGUGGCAAAAAAUUUGGUAGAAGUGUUUAUCUUAAAACUCACCAAAGAAUACACACUGGGGAGAAACAGUACAGUUGUCUAGUGUGUCAUAAAGAAUUUACAAGAAAUUAUAAUCUUAAAAUACAUCAGAGGAUACACACUGGGGAGAAACCGUACGGUUGUGUAAAUUGUGGCAAAAAGUAUAAAAGUAGUAGUCACCUUAGAGCACAUCAAAUGAUACAUACUGGGGAAAAGCCACACAGUUGUGUAGUUUGUGGUAAAGAAUUCAGAAGAAACUGUGAUUUAAAAAAGCACGAGGACACACACACUGGAGUGUAACCACUCAGUUGUUUGGAAUGGGGCAAGGAAUUUGUAAGAAGUAGUAACUUAUCGUGUGAUGGUAUUCGUUGUGGAGAAAUCAUGCAGGUGUUUAUUGUGUUAUAAAGAGCUUGUUCAUGUUUAACACAUUAACACCAAAAAAAUGUUGGAUGGAAAAUAAAUAAAAGAAAUCAAAAUGUUUUAUAAAAAAAAAAAUAUCUGAUAAAAUUUAGAGAUUUUAAAAGAAAGGGUUACCUGAAAAAAAUAUUUAAUGCUUUAAAGUACCUAAAUAUUUACACAGAGGAAAAUGUCAAAUGUCUGAAACUAACAAGUUGUGAAAUGUUGAAGGGAGAUAAUAAAAGUAAACAUGAAAUCAACAAGUGGUGAAAUGUUGAAGGGAGAUAAUAAAAGUAAACAUGAAAUCAACAAGUGGUGAAAUGUUGAAGGGAGAUAA